GGAAGUGGAAUCAAAACAAAGGAACCGGGACUGGAGAGGACCUUCCUCCUCCCUGCUUGCCGGGCUGAUUUCGACCCAGGCCGUGGACCUCGAGUAAUCGCCAGACCAUGUCCAACAUGGAGAAACACCUGUUCAAUCUUAAGUUCGCUGCCAAAGAACUGAGCAGAAGUGCCAAGAAAUGCGAUAAGGAGGAAAAGGCCGAAAAGGCUAAGAUUAAAAAGGCCAUUCAGAAGGGCAACAUGGAAGUUGCGAGGAUACACGCCGAAAAUGCCAUACGCCAGAAGAACCAGGCGGUAAAUUUCUUGAGAAUGAGUGCGCGGGUCGAUGCGGUGGCUGCCAGAGUCCAGACGGCGGUGACGAUGGGCAAGGUGACCAAGUCGAUGGCCGGUGUGGUUAAGUCGAUGGACGCGACAUUGAAAACUAUGAAUCUGGAGAAGAUCUCUGCCUUGAUGGACAAAUUCGAGCACCAGUUUGAGACUCUAGACGUCCAAACGCAGCAAAUGGAAGACACAAUGAGCAGCACGACGACGCUUACCACUCCCCAGAACCAAGUGGAUAUGCUGCUCCAGGAGAUGGCAGACGAGGCCGGCCUCGACCUCAACAUGGAGCUGCCGCAGGGCCAGACGGGCUCUGUAGGCACGAGCGUGGCCUCGGCUGAGCAGGACGAACUGUCCCAGAGACUGGCCCGCCUGCGGGAUCAAGUGUGA